ACCCCCCCCCCCCCCGGGGCAGCCGCAGGCGGAAGGUCGCGGGGGGGCGGGCGCCCUGGCGAAGCCGAGGGGAAGCGAGCAGGCGAACGUGGGACACGGAGCCAUGGCAGGGUUGCUGCGGACGCAGGCCGGGAAACCAAAAUGCUGCUCACUUUGUACUGUGAUCUUCCUCCUGAUAACACUCGUCUGGGUCCUCUUGGGGGCCGGUUUCCUGAACCUGAGGAACUCGAGGCUGGGGAGGCAGGUAGGGGCCAGCGAGGUGGGUAGAGAGCUGGAUGGCCCGCAAGCAGUGACACUGUCCAGGAUGGUUUACCCCCAGCCCAAGGUGCUAACACCCUCUAGGAAAGAUGUCCUUGUCCUCACCCCUUGGCUGGCCCCCAUCGUCUGGGAAGGGACCUUCAACAUUGACAUCCUGAAUGAGCAGUUCCGGCUCCGGAACACCACCAUCGGACUAACGGUGUUUGCGAUCAAGAAAUACGUGGCCUUCCUGGAGCUGUUCCUGCAGACGGCGGAGAAGCACUUCAUGGUGGGACACAAGGUCACCUACUACGUGUUCACCGACCGGCCGGGGGAUGUGCCCCGCGUGCCCCUCGGGGAAGGGAGGCAGGUGGUGGUCCUGGAGGUCCAGAACUACUCGCGCUGGCAGGACGUGUCCAUGCACCGCAUGGAGAUGAUCAGCAACUUCUCCCGGCAGCGUUUCCUCCACGAGGUGGACUAUCUGGUGUGCGCGGACGUGGACAUGAGGUUCCGCGACCACGUGGGUGUGGAGGUCCUGUCCCCGCUCUUCGGCACCCUGCACCCCGGCUUCUACGGGGCGGCCCGCGAGGCCUUCACCUACGAGCGCCGGCCGCAGUCCCAGGCGCACGUCCCCAGGGACGAGGGCGACUUUUACUACGCGGGAGGCUUUUUCGGGGGGUCGGUGGCCGAGGUUCUGCGGCUCACGUCGGCCUGUCACCAGGCCAUGGUGGUCGACCGGGCCCACGGCAUCGAGGCGGUGUGGCACGACGAGAGCCACCUGAACAGGUACCUGCUCUACCACAAGCCCACCAAGGUGCUGUCCCCCGAGUACCUGUGGGACGAACAACUGCUGGGCUGGCCCGCCGUCGUGAAGAAGCUGAGGUAUGUGACCGUGCCCAAGAGUCACCGGGACAUCCGGGACUGAUGACGCGCUGGCCUAGUGUCCGUCAGGGGUGCCACCCUGACCCCAGCCGUCAGAGCGGAUGGGCUGUCGCCGCUCCCUUUUUCUGUCCGGUCGGGGGACAUCGCCGAGGCCCGGCGCCGCCCGCGUCCGGCACGGGUGCAGUUAGGCCUGACCGGGGGCCUGCCGGGGGGCGCGGCUCCAGCAAGACCCCUUGCUCUUCGGGUUCCUGGUCAGAGUUGAAAGGUCGCUUGCAGCCGCGGGCCGGACGUGAAGGUGAGGCCGGAUCAGGACCCCUUUGGCUGGCGCCUGGCUUCCGGCAGCCUGGGGCACAGCCCGCCGCCCUCUGGGGCAGGACAGCCCCCCCCACCCCCUGGCCUCCCUCGGUCACUGCGGUGUGGCGGGUGUCGCGCUUGCCCUGUCACUGCCACUAAAAUGUUUUGGCGGAUGAAGGGAAUUGCGGGUUGUCCCGGAAACCUGCCUUGUGCGCUUCCUCGAGGCCCCGGCCAGGCCUGAGUGCUGCAGUUUCUCCGCCCCGCAUCUCCCUUCUCACAUCAAGGACAGGGCGGUCCGCGUUGCCACUGCUAUUUUUCCGUGACGUUGGCCGACUGUUACAAUUUCUAUGUCACUUGCUGCUGUAAACGGCUCCAAUUCUAUGUCGGAUGCUUUUCUA